CCGACCUUGUCACUUUUUCCUGCUGAAAGAAUUCCGCAGCUCUUGAUAUUACUUCUCCAACGCCCAACGGCACAGACAGCGUCACUCUUUGACGGUUCUCUUUCGUCAACUAGCGACGAGGAACCCCGAUGGAUCCCGCAAAGGAUUUUGUCUCGUUCCACGACCAGUUGACCUCAAAGCUGGUCCAAACUACGCGCACUGUCGGACAGCUCGCGUCGGAAGAUCUCAAUUUCUACCGCACGUCAAACUCGGAGAUUUCCGAAUCCCUCGAUGAACAAAGCGGGAGGAUCAUUUCUCUGACUUCUUCCAUCCUCAAAGCUGCCACCGCGCGUACGGAUGUGAAAGCCCCGGUCUUGGAGAAUGAAGAGUCUAUCGAAGACAACUGGCGUGGUGUGGUCGAUGUAAUUGAUGCGCUGUUGGAGAAGGCAGAUGCCUGUCUAGAUGAGUUUACAGGGAUCAUAAAGAGGCUGAGCCCGUCUCAGCAGGAACAGGCUGCUGCGCCUACGUCAAAGUUUGGGAAGAAGGCUGCGCAGACGAAGUUCCCGAGCAUCUACGAUUAUGGGCCGUCGAAGAUUCCGAAACCACAGCUGCAAUUUGAGCGUGUUGCGGAUAAUACGGAUGCAUCUCCUUUCCGGCCUCUACUGCGGGCUAAGCCGCAUGCGAUUGUUUCGCUAGAGGAAUCUUUAAAAGCUGUCGAGCCGGAUGGGGGCUUCAGGAACCCGUAUGAGACGGAAAUUCGCGCCGCCAAGUACCCUGCGUCUACUUACACUAUGUCACCUCCCGUCACAUAUCUACCGUUCGAUACUACGACCGCCACUUUCGUCGACACUGUGGAGGGAGUGAAGGAGAUGCUGGAGGAGCUCAAGUCUGCCAAGGAGAUAGCGAUUGAUCUGGAACAUCAUGAUGUGCACUCGUACCACGGUCUCGUGUCCCUGAUGCAGAUCAGCACACGUGAUAAAGAUUGGGUCGUUGAUACGCUUAAGCCGUGGAGAGAAGAACUCCAGAUUCUCAAUGAGGUUUUCACCGAUCCUUCAGUUCUCAAGGUCUUUCACGGUUCGUCCAUGGACAUCAUCUGGCUCCAGCGUGACCUGGGGCUAUACGUCGUUGGGAUGUUUGACACCUAUCACGCCGCUUGUGCUUUGAACUAUCCGAGACGGAGUUUGAAAUACCUGCUCCAAAAGUUUACCGGUUUCGAGGCAGACAAGAAAUAUCAGAUGGCGGAUUGGCGUAUCCGUCCUCUACCGCCCGGUAUGUUCGAUUAUGCUCGCUCGGAUACUCACUAUCUACUUAACGUCUACGAUCAUUUGCGCAACGAGCUUAUUGAAAAUUCCACCCCCGAGGAGAAUCUUAUCGAUUAUGUUCUUGAGCAGUCGAAGAUUGAGGCUCUCCAGCGUUACGAACGUCCAGUCUACGAUGCUGAGACGGGACAAGGACCAGGCGGCUGGUACGAUUACCUGUCACGCAGCGGGACAAUCUUGAGCAAGGAACAGUUUUCUGUCUUCAGGGCUGUUCAUCAGUGGCGUGAUGAGGUAGCGAGAGCCGAGGAUGAGGGUGUGCAGUGUGUUUUCCCCAAGCAUGUCCUAUUCAAGGUUGCCCAGGUUAUGCCGCUCGACCUAGGGACACUAUUCAGGACGUUGUCUCCUAUGACUACGAUCACCAAGGACCGUGCCUCGGACCUUUUGGAGGUGAUUAAGAAGGCAAAGGUUGCAGGUGCCAUGGGGCCAGAAUGGCGCGAUAUUAUCAAACCGUUGAAGCUGUCUGGCAAAGCAGCUUUGAUGGCUGUUGCAGAGAAGCCAGAGGAUAGGGACUAUCCCGUUGCUGAGCGCUGCACCAUCUCCCAGUUUUGGGGUGAUGUCCUGGACUGCCAAGAACCACCCGCUUCUCCUGAGUGUUCGGUAGUCGCUUCACGCGAGGCUCUUCGGCUCUCUCUCCCCCUGCCACCAAUGCCGAUGACAGUUUCUGAAGCGCGCGAGAAGCUUGCACCUAGUAACCCGACGUCAGCCCCCAAGCCUGCAGCCCCAACUCCUGCAGUGACAGUUGAAGAAACCGAUAGCAACCAGAUAUUCACCGUUAAGGAAUCAUCGCGUAAGCGAAAGACUCCUUCCCCGGCUACGAACGAAGAAGCGGAAGAUGUCAGAACAGACGCUAGAUCCUCCCUGGAUACCACCGACAAUAUCUCCAAGAAGGCACGUAAGAAGACCAAGAAGGAGAAGAAGUCCUUGUCUUCUCAACCAGAGGAAGCACCGUUCGACUACACCAAAGCAGAAUCGGUCCUCAACGCUCAACGCGACCAAGCCGCCACGCAGCCGGCACGAACCUUUAAUCCAUAUGCGAAGGCAAUGGAUGCACCUAAGGGCAUGCGCAAGACAAAGAUGGACAAAGCGGCGAGGUCUUUUACGUUUCGGAAAUAGUUUUAUCCGUGUGGGAACUUACAUUUUCUUUCUUUUCUUCUUGGCUUUCAUCCCGAUGGGGGUAUAUAUGUAUGGGCAGGACAUUCUGAGUUUCAUAAGUAGCGUAGACUUGGGAUAUGGAGUACGGAGUAUGUAUGUGUGUAUGGAGGCAAAAGCAACUCUUCGGAUGGGUGGUAUAUAGAAUAGGUAAUUCAUUACCAUUACUUCCCUAGGGGUUUAUUUGAUGACACCAUAGGCCUGAAGAUUCUAUGAACGUCGUUAGGAGGGAAAUCCUUGCUUAUCUUAGUGGGAAUUGCCGAGGAAGGAUACCAUCUA